AUAAAAAGGCUCAUUGGGAGAUUAGGGUUUUAUUUCUUCGGCCGACUGCUGAGUCCUUCGUUUCUCCUUCUCCAAGGUUUUCUCUAAUCUCCUCUCGAUCAUGGCUGAACAGACGGAGAAGGCAUUUUUGAAGCAGCCGCAUGUGGGCAUAAGCUCGAAGAGAACUGGAAAGGGGAAAAGGCCCGGAAAGGGUGGAAAUCGUUUCUGGAAAAGCAUUGGAUUGGGGUUUAAGACUCCCAGGGAAGCCAUCGAAGGAACCUAUAUUGAUAAGAAAUGCCCUUUUACUGGCAAUGUUUCCAUUAGGGGUCGUAUUCUUGCAGGCACUUGCCAUAGUGCUAAGAUGAUGAGAACCAUUAUUGUCCGUCGAAACUAUCUUCAUUAUGUUAAGAAAUACCAAAGAUAUGAGAAGAGGCAUUCCAAUAUUUCUGCUCACAUUUCUCCUUGCUUCCGUGUGAAGGAAGGUGAUCACGUUAUCAUUGGCCAAUGCAGACCGUUGUCCAAGACUGUGAGGUUCAAUGUGUUGAAGGUCAUUCCUGCAGGAUCUUCUGGUGGCGGUGGGAAGAAGGCCUUCACUGCUAUUUGAAGUUGAUAGUCUGUUAUUUGUUACCCUGCUUUUGGCUGUUAGAACUUGGAACAUUCCCCUAGAGUUUUAGAUAUUGUAGAUGAGCAAUUAGUGACAGGUCCCUUGGACGCGGUUAUGAUUUCUUUGGAAUGGUAAUUUUAAUAUUUUGGUUUUGGCGGACGGGAUGCUUCCAGUAUCCGUUUUUGUUUUGAAUUUUAAAUCGACAUCAAUGAAGUCUAAAGAAUUGUUUGAAGGUGCACUAUACCGUUAAUUUUUCCCUUUUA